AUGGAGGCAGAGUUGGUCGAAUUCGAGCGGAAACGGUUUUCUAUUGUCUGGGAUCCGGACGCCUGCAUCCAGAUCCUGCGCGAGAACGUGACGGAGGAACUCACUCCGUUGCCGGCGGGUUCGGAGUGGAAGGUCGAGUGGGACGACGAGCACAACAUGAAUGUGUUGGUCGCCGCUGAUGGUCGAGAGGGGUCCCACUGGUGUGAUGACCUCGUCGAUGAUAUUUCGAUGAUGGCCGCAGAUGGCACGAUUGUUGUAGAGGUCGACGGGCAAUAUGAUUUAUUCACAUUGCACGAAUACCGGAAACGCCACAAGGAAAUCAACAUGAAAUUGAUCGUGAUGGGCCGUCCAGAGCUUGCGGUGGUCAAGGGGCAUGUACUUCAACAGUCUGUGAAUGGAGCUUUCGUUUUGUGGAAUCCGUGGAGCAUAUGCGAGCAGAGUGUCCCCAAAGCCUUAUGGAAAACCCCUCCGGGUACAUGGUGGCAGAACUACAGACGGAGGCUAGUGGGCACCAUCAAAAACUUUACAGAGUUCGAUGUGGAGGCGCACUUGCGGAAGGCAGCGAUCACCGGAAACGCAGAUGACGAUGCCGAUAACGAUUACCGCAUAUUUCAAACCCCUGCCAUCAGCACUGCGGCGUUGAUCCGCAUACUCAUUCGCCUUUCCAAUCCUUCAGACAACAACAAGUUCAGAAAAGAUGAGGCGUUGCUGGAAUGCUGGAGUUUGUUUUUCGACGCGGUCCUGCGGACUUACUGCGAGCCCGUGGCGAACGUGGAGUGGACUGUCUUUCUUGAUCCGAAGCCCAUUCUCAAGCCAGGCUUGCCACCCUUUGGAGUCAACAAGAUCAGCGUGUACGUCGUGGCUGGGCUCGUGGACCUCACCCCGCUGUUUGCGGCCUCCGACACCGCCCCCCAUUUCGACGUAAUGAAGAGCCUUUUCCUCGCCGUGCCUGCUGACGAGCGGGGGCGGGUGCCGAUUCAGGACGUGCUGCGGAAGCUCGACCACGGCGGGAAGCAGAUGGAAUGGCUGCUCCAGCAGUUCGUGAUGCUGACCGCGGGCAUGGUUGAUGGCGAUGUUGUUGCUGCUUUGUCCGGGGGCGCUCCCGCUGGAGAUGGCGCUGUCUCUGUGGAGACCGCGCCAGAGGAUCUCCUCGGCCUGAGCCGGGAGCACGCUCGCCGAGUGCGCGCUGACGAGGCCAAGAAGGAACGCGCCGAGGAAUCCACGGAUUUCGACCCAUCGCUGUGCCUCCUGAAGCAUUUUUCUUGCUGCGAAGCCUGUUCUCCCCCACCCGCGGCGCCCUCGCGUGCCACUACGCCUGCGAUGCUGCCGCGGUCGGCCUGA